GUAUCCUCUCUUCAUUACGUUCUGUGCAUCAUUAUCAUCAAAUCAAUUCCACAUUUGUCUAUUGCAGCAAUGGCCUCAAGUUAAUCUUCGCCAAUUUCUAUCGAUCUUCCUAGUGGCUAAGUUCAACGAGGAAAUUCAUGAAGGCGUGAGAAAUGAAGGCAGAAGAAAGCAUAUUUCCGGUUGAAGAUGUCUCAAGCAGCAACAAAUCAUAAACUCACUGUUCACUGAGGCCCGCAUCCUUGAAUCCAUUACCCCUUCAACCAUCGCAGCCAGGUUUGUGUCUUGCUUCCUUGACCUUUACUGGGUGGCAAAAGCUAUAGAUUGGUGCAUUGAGUGGUGAUGAAGAACUUUAUUGUACUGCUUAUUUGCAUUAGUUUGCUCUUUAUAAGAACCUCCACUUCGUUAGACGGGAUCACUCGGAGCCAGCCUUUAAGAGAUGGGGAGACCUUAGUUUCAAGUGUAGGAGUAUUUGCGAUGGGCUUUUUCAGUCCUGGAAAAUCGAAGAAUCGAUACUUGGGUAUAUGGUACAAUCGUAUUUCUCCUUUGACGGUGGUAUGGGUGGCCAAUAGAGAAGCACCAAUCAGUGAUGGCUCAGGAAUUUUAGUAUUAAACGAUCUUGGAGUUCUUGCCCUGGCUGAUGGCACAAAUAGGACUGUUUGGUUGUCUAACAAUUCUAUAAUGGCUGAGAAGCCAAUUGUACAGCUCUUGGACACAGGAAAUCUUAUUAUUAGUGACCAAAAAUACAGUAAUAAGGACCACUUCAUAUGGCAGAGUUUUGAUUAUCCCUGUGAUACCUUAUUGCCAGGAAUGAAGCUUGGAUUCAACCUAGUCACUGGUCUGAAUAGGUUCCUAUCUUCUUGGAAAAGUCCGGAUGAUCCUGGUCAAGGGGAACAUAUACUGAAAUUAGACCCUCGAGGAUAUCCACAAUCAUUUCAAUUGAGGAGAAAUGUCAUACAUUUCAGGGCGGGAUCGUGGAAUGGCCUUUAUUUUACUGGAUAUCCAGUUCAGAAACGAAAUCCAGUAUACAAGUCUAAGUUUAUUUUCAACGAUAAAGAGGCAUAUUAUGAGUAUGAACUCGUGAAUAGCUCAGUUUACGCCAGAAUUACAAUGUCUCCUUCAGGCAUUGGGAAGCGUUUAAUAUGGGGUAAUCAAAGAGGCACAUGGGAGAUUAUCUCAGCUAACAUGGCUGAUCAGUGUGACAAUUAUGGUUUAUGCGGGGCAUACUCUAUCUGUGAUUUCAGUAGCUCCAGGGUCUGUGAGUGCUUGAAAGGAUUUGUACCAAAAAAUGUGGAACAGUGGAAUAUAUCAGAUUGGUCUGGUGGGUGUGUUCGAAGUGCUCUAUUGGAUUGUAAUAGUAUAGAUGGCUUCCGGAAGUAUAGUGUGAAAUUGCCAGACACAUCUUCUUCCCAGUUUAAUAAGACCAUGAACCUUGAGGAAUGUCAGCAAUUAUGUCUGAGAAACUGUUCUUGUACAGCAUAUGCAAAUUUGGAUAUCCGUGAUAGAGGAAGUGGCUGCUUACUUUGGUUUAAAGAUCUGAUUGACAUGAAGCAAUUAAUGCAAGGAGGACAAGACAUUUUUAUUCGCGUCCCUGCUUCAGAGCUAGACUUUUCUGAGAACAAACGCUAUGGGAACACCAAUAAGGGAAAGCUCCUAGGAAUCGCUGUUGCUUCUGUUACAAUAAACAUGGGCAUGAUACUUAUAAUUUUUGGAUUGAUUAGAUGUGUACGGAAAAGGAAACCCAAAAGGUCAGGGAUGACAAAAAUAUAUUAUAGGAAUCCUUACUACAAUAACUUGAGAAUGGAAGACACAGAACUACAAAUAUUUGAUUUUUCAGUCAUAGCUAAAGCCACUGAUAAUUUUUCAAGCACCAAUAAACUGGGAGAAGGUGGUUUCGGAUCAGUGUACAAGGGCACUUUGGGACAUGGACAAGAAUUAGCCGUGAAAAGGCUAUCUGAGAAUUCUGUUCAAGGAUUGGAAGAGUUUAGAAAUGAAGUUUUGUUGAUAGCCAAACUUCAACAUCGUAACCUUGUGAAACUUCUUGGUUGCUGCAUUGAAAGAGAAGAAAAACUGUUGAUCUAUGAAUACAUGCUGAACAAAAGUUUGGACCACUUUAUUUUUGAUGAAUCUAGAAACAAGUUGUUGGAUUGGACAAAGCGUUUCCACAUUAUUAAUGGCAUUGCUCGUGGACUUCUCUACCUUCAUGAAGAUUCUAGAUUGAGAGUUAUUCAUAGAGAUAUGAAAACUAGCAACAUUUUAUUAGAUACAAAUUUAAACCCAAAAAUAUCAGACUUUGGCCUAGCUCGAACAUUUUGGGGAGAUCAAAUUGACGCCAAAACAAAAAGGAUAGCUGGAACAUAUGGUUACAUGCCUCCUGAAUAUGCUGUGCAUGGACAUUUCUCGAUAAAAUCAGAUGUUUUCAGCUUUGGAGUGAUAGUGCUAGAGAUAAUAAGUGGAAAGAAAAAUAGAGAAUUUUCAGAUUUAGAAAACUUCUUGAAUCUUCUUGGAUAUGCAUGGAGACUAUGGAGAGAAGGAAUGGCGAUGGAAUUAAUGGAUCAAGCCUUAGGAGAGAGAUUCAAUCCAUCUGAAGUCAUACAAUGCAUACAAGUGGGCCUGUUAUGUGUACAACAAAUACCAGAAGAUAGACCCGACAUGUCGUCUGUGGUUCUAAUGCUGAACGGAGAGAAAUCAUUGCCCGACCCUCAUGUUCCUGCUUUCUACAUUGAAAGGAGAAUACCUGAAGCAGAUUCUUCCUCGGAAAAAUGCAAACCUUCCUCACCAAAUGAAAUGUCCCUUACAACAUUCGAGGCAAGAUAUUCAGAAGAGAUUUGUCAGUAUCUCUUCAACAAUUGCACCCGCCUAGCCAUAAGAAAAACGAUGGAAAGCUUCAGAAAGCUUUCUGUGUGUUUUUUGUUACUAUGCUUCACAAGCAUGUCCUCCACGCUGGACAUGAUAACCCCAGACCAACCCCUGCGUGAUGGCCAGAAUAAAAGUCUGGUUUCAGAUAGGGGAAUCUUCGAAGCUGGAUUCUUCAACCUUGCAAAUUCAAAAAGCCGUUACGUGGGAAUUUGGUACAAAGACAUUCGCGAAAAAACGAUCGUAUGGGUGGCCAACAGAGAAAACCCACUCCACAGUGCCUCAGGAGUUUUGCAGAUAGACAGUGAUAAAGGAGUUCUUAGAAUCUUGGACAGCAAAGGGAUCGAAACUUGGUCCUCGAAUGCAUCGCAACAAGCAGAGAACCCAGUUUUGCAGCUUUUGGAUUCAGGAAACCUAGUUCUGAGAGAUGAAAAGAACUUGAGCAGCAUACUAUGGCAGAGCUUUGAUUAUCCAGGCGAUACUUUUCUCCCUGGUAUGAAAAUUAGAAGCGACAUAAGGACAGGUAAGUAUAUGGGUCUGACUUCCUGGAAGUCACUGGAAGAUCCUACCCCUGGUGAGUAUUCUAUGCACAUAGAUACUAAAGGCCUUCCUCAGCUAGUUGACAAAGGAAAAAAAAUGACAUACAGAGCAGGACCGUGGACUGGGCUUGGUUUUACGGGGACCCCUGAAUUGAGAACCAUCAAAUCCGUGAAAUUUAUUUUUGAGCUAAGUAAAGAUGAAGCCUCCUAUGAAUAUACUGUUCUGAAGAAUGCAACUCUAAUGAGAAGCAGACUGACGCCACAAGGAUAUCCACUACGUUUGACAUGGUCUUCUCAGGAAAAUAAAUGGGAAUAUUUCUACCCUAGCCAGUUCGAUCAGUGUGAAAGCUAUGCCUUGUGUGGUCCAAAUACUAAUUGCACCGGCGGCACUGACCCUAAUUGUAAAUGCUUGACCGGAUACACAGCAAGCACGUCUGGUGGGUGUGUUCGAACUACUCGACUUGGAUGUGGAAGAGGAGAUAGCUUUCAAAAGUACCAAAGGAUGAAAUUGCCGGACACAUCUGCUUCCUGGUACAACACUACCAUGAGUUUGCAGGAAUGUGAAAAACUAUGUUUGAGAAACUGCACUUGCGCGGCAUAUUCUAAUUUGAACAUCAGUGAUGGAGGAAGUGGCUGCUUGCACUGGUUUAAUAACAUUGUCGACUUGAGAGAACUCAAAGAGGGAGGACAAGACUUCUACAUUCGAGUAUCUGCAGUUUCAGGCCUAGAUUCUGCAGUGAAAAAUGGCAUGGACAAGAGGAGGCUUGCAGGAAUUGUGAUAGGCUGCGCUACAUUAAUCAUCAGCAUAGUAAUACUCGGAUUGAUAAUUAGGAAGAAGCUCAUGCAUCCAGGGAAAGCAAUUUAUUGGAGGGACAAGAAUGACAAAGAAGACAUUGAUUUGCCAAUAUUUGAAUUUUCAACCAUUUCUAAUGCCACAGAUCAAUUUUCAGAGAGGAAUAAGUUGGGACAAGGUGGUUUUGGACCGGUGUACAAGGGCGUACUAGUAGAUGGACAAGAGAUUGCAGUAAAGAGACUCUCCAAAACAUCAGGACAAGGAAUGGAUGAGUUUAAAAACGAAGUUUUAUUGAUUGCAAAACUCCAACACCGCAAUCUUGUAAAGCUUCUUGGUUGUUCUAUUCAACAGGGAGAAAAGUUGUUGAUUUAUGAAUUCAUGCUUAAUGGAAGCUUAGACUACUUUAUUUUUAAUUCAACAAAAACUAAGCUACUAGAUUGGACUAAACUUCAUAUUAUUGAUGGGAUUGCUCGAGGCCUUCUCUAUCUUCAUCAAGAUUCAAGAUUGCGAAUAAUCCAUAGAGAUCUUAAAACCAGCAACAUUCUUCUUGAUAUUAAUAUGAAUCCAAAAAUAUCAGACUUUGGACUUGCUAGAAUUUUUGGAGGAGAUCAAGCUGAGGCCAACACAAAUAGAGUGAUGGGAACAUAUGGUUAUAUGCCUCCAGAAUAUGCAGUGCAUGGAUCUUUUUCUGACAAAUCUGAUGUCUUUAGUUUUGGAGUAAUGGUAUUAGAGAUAAUAAGUGGGAAGAAGAAUAGGGGAUUUUGCGAUCCACAUUAUCGUCUUAACCUUCUGGGACAUGCAUGGAAACUAUGGAUUGAAAAAAGACCCAUGGACCUAAUGGAUGAACAACUGCAAGAUUCAGUUAUUUCAUCCGAGCUGUUAAGAUGUAUUCAGGUGGGUCUAUUAUGUGUGCAACAAAGACCGGAGGAUAGACCCAACAUGUCCACUGUGAUUUUAAUGUUGAAUGGUGAAAAGUCACUUCCUAAUCCAGGAGAGCCUGGGUUCUACAUUGGAAGUGAUAAUCAACCCUUAGCAGAUUCUACUAUAAGAAGCAGCGGAGAGUGUUCAAUUAAUGAAGCUUCCAACUCAACAUUAGAGCCAAGAUAGAAUGCCAAAACAAGCUUGAACCUUCCUAUGUCUCAAAUUCCAUGUAAUGUCUCCAAAUAAAUUUAAUUUCCAUAA